AUGCACCUACAAGCUGGAUGCAAAUCUAAAAGAAGAAGAAAAGAAAGUGGAAGCGGUAUGUGCAUGAGCGACACAUUUUGGUCGGUGUUAUGCCAACAUGCAGGCAGACGACCGUGUUUCUUGUCUGAAGACUGAUUUGCUGAAAUCAUGCGGGGCAUGUCGAGUUCUUGUCGGUGUGACGGGAAGCGUUGCAGCAUUAAAACUUCCUCUUUUAGUGUCCCAGCUUCUUCAGCUUCCUGGGGUGGACGUAAGAGUGAUCACCACAGAACAUGCCAAGCAUUUCUACAAUCCUGCAGAAGUUUCAGUAAAAAUCUACAGUGACAGUGAUGAGUGGGAGGUCUGGACUCAGAGAUCUGACCCUGUGCUUCACAUUGAGCUAAGGCGCUGGGCAGACUUGCUUGUCAUUGCUCCCCUUGAUGCCAACACUCUUGGAAAGAUUGCUAAUGGCAUUUGUGACAAUCUGCUGUUGAUUAGUCUCUGUCACUGGCAGACAUGUGUGGUAAGGGCAUGGGAUACCAGUCGCCCUCUGCUCUUCUGCCCUGCAAUGAAUACAGCUAUGUGGCAGCAUCCCAUUACAGCCCAGCAGGUAUCCAGGCUAAAAGAGUUUGGAUAUGUGGAAAUCCCCUGCAUUGCUAAGAAGCUAGUAUGUGGAGAUGAAGGUAAAGGGGCCAUGGCAGAGGUGUCAGCUAUUGUCAGUGUUGUCGAGCAAUAUCUUCAGAAACCAAAUGAGCCAUCUCAGAGUACGUGCAUGUCAGAUCAUACUGUAGAUACCUCUGGCACCGAAGACAAAUAGAAAAUAAAGGCAAGAACAUGUUCUUAAAAUGAAUCUGAAUCCAUCCUUUUUACUGUUAAACUAUAUUGUAUUUUAAUUUUAAUCUGUGUGACUACAGUAUAUACCUUGUCUUAUCUCGCACAUGUGACUCAUUACAAGAGCCAGCCAAGAGUUUGGGUAGCAAGUUAGGAAUAGUUUUUGUGAAUAGCCUUUGCGGCUAAGAUAAGUAUCAGUUUUCUAACUAAAGAUAGAUGACAGAUAACUGAACUUUCUUCUUUGUCAGACUCUUCUUGUCUCUCCUUGUUUGAGUGAGGACCUCUGACCUUUCAGCUGAAAUACUUAAACCUGGUAAUCCCUGAGUGGUGUUCUUUGUAAUUAUGUUCCUGUAUGCUACAUUUGUUUGCUUAGUUUGUCUUUUUGUAAUAAAUCUGAAACAAUAAAGCAACUUUAUUUUUUCGUCUAUCACUGGUAACUCCUUCCACAUGUCUAACCUUUCAAGGCCCUACACACCCAUGAUAAAUACAGUUGUUUGCAUCUAUUAUCUGAUAAGUCGUUUUGUUUGGGAUUACACGGAUGUGUACAGAGUAUCAUUGUUUGGCAUCACACUGGUUCUUCUAUUACUUAUGAUUCACAAAUAGGGGCAGGGCACCAUGCCUUUUACACUACUGCAGUGUAGUGCAAGUCCAACCUGCAUCUGCAUCCUAAAAUCCUUUCAUAUAAUCCUCUAAUCAUUAUUCGACCUCACAGGUACAAUUUCACAUUCUACCUUUGUGAAUCAACCCAUCAGUCUUGUUGUCAUCAAUUGUUUAUAACUGUUUAGUGGUUAUUUUGAUGGUUGAUUGUUUUUUUUGUUUUUUUAUGUAUCACCUAUUUGUCAUGAAACCACAUUGACGUAAUUGAAGGCUUGUUGCUGAUGUUGUCAUGUAAGCCGCGCCUCUUUUCUGUCGUGAGGCAUUCCAUGUCCAAAAGUCACGUUGAAAUGAGUGUGAGUUUAUUUCUGUUGUGUACAAAGCAGUAUUUUAUUAGUGACAAACUAAUAAGCUCAUGUGAUGGAAGAAGAUCAUCAAGUAUGAGAAAUGUAGUUCCUGAACUGACAGUUUACUGUCUUAAAAAUACACAUCUCUUCCUUGUCUUGGCAAAGAAAUGGUGCCUGACUGUUAGCACCUAAACAGAGUGAACAGUUUGACAAACCUGUUGCUCUGCUUGGCCUUCCAAAAAAAAAAAAAAAGCUUGGUUUUCUGUGUCUGUUAUUUAGUUUAGUAU